GCUUUACUCACUCUAAAUGUUUAAACUAUCUCUUCAAAAACUAUAAUGAAAAUAAUUUAUAAUUUAUAUUAACUACUACAAUUCUCUUCUCGUUUUGGAAUUCAAACUAUUUAAUUUGAUAAAAUUAAGUUUUCAUGUAUUUAUCUUAAUCAAAACAACUUGAAAAAACAUAAAUUAUUUUAUAAUAUAUGGGCUGUACUUCAACAAAACUAAAAUCCAAGAAAGAUCUAUGUUUUGUUAAUGUUCCACUUUAAGUUGGAAGAAAAAUGAGUAAAGAAGAAGGAAUUAUCAGCAGAGAAUAUAAAAUUAACUCAACAAGAAUUAGUUAGGCUAAAAAGUAAAUAGUUAGUGAAGUUUCACCUGCCUUGAGUGAGGGAAAGAAUAUUUCAUUCAUAUCUAAUCAAAAAUAACCAUCAAAAUAAUGAAUUUAUUAUACUCUGUG